UCCGGUCGCUUGUUGUUCUGUUGAGGAGAGGACCGGACGCAGAUGUGGAGAUAAUUUCAACUCUUGAAGACAGUGAAAGUUUGUGUUAUUGAAGGCGCUAAGUCGAUCCAUCUGGAGACAUCACGCUCAAGAUUCAGCAUCAAAGACCCAUUUGUAUCUGGGAGACGUCGCUGAUUUAGUCAUCAUGGCAACUAGUGGAAUCAGCUCUGAUGUCAUUGAAAACAGUUUGGAAGGAGAGUUUGCUGCCACAAUUGUGACUGCAAAACACUACAAAUGUGAGGAGUGCAGCAAGCAGUUCAGUUGCCUGAGUAGUCUGAAGAUUCACAUCCGGACUCACACAGGCGAGAAACCUUACCGAUGUGAGGAGUGUAGCAGACAGUUCAGUCAGCUGGGCAGUUUGAAGACUCACAUUCGGACUCACACCGGUGAGAAACCCUACAACUGUGAGGAGUGCAACAUGCAGUUUACUACGACAGAUGUUCUGAAGAAACACAUGCGGACACACACUGGAGAGAAGCCAUACAAUUGUGAGGAAUGCAGCAAGCAGUUUACUGACCAGGGUAAUCUGAAGAAACACAUGCGGACACACACUGGUGAAAAACCCUACAUUUGUGAGGAGUGCAGCAAGCAGUUCAGACAUAUGUCUAGUCUAAAGCAGCACAUGAAAACUCACACUGGAGAGAAGCCUUACAGGUGUGAGAAGUGUACCAAGAAGUUCAGUAGGUCGCAUCAUCUGGAGGCACACAUGCGCACUCACACAGGGGAGAAACCCUACAGGUGUGAGGAGUGCAGCAAGCAAUACCGUCAGCAGGGUGAUUUGAAAAGACACCUGAUGACUCACACCGGUGAGAAACCCUACAGGUGUGAGGAGUGCAAUAAACAGUUCAGUCAGAAGGGCAAUCUUAAGAUCCACAUGCGAACUCACACAGGAGAGAAACCGUACAUAUGCAAGGAGUGCAGCAAGCAGUUCAGUCAGAUAAGUGAUCUGAAGACUCACAUGCGGACUCACACUGGAGAGAAGCCCUACAAGUGUGAGGAAUGCAGCAAGCAGUUUACUGACCAGGGUAAUCUGAAGAAACACAUGCGGACACACACUGGUGAAAAACCCUACAUGUGUGAGGAGUGCAGCAAGCAGUUCACUGCCAAGGGAGGUCUGAGGAUUCACAUGCGAACUCACACUGGGGAGAAACCCUACAGAUGUGAGGAAUGUAGCAAGCAGUUCAGUGACCCCGGGCACUGGAGAACUCACUUGAGAACUCACACAGGGGAGAAACCCUACAAGUGUGAGGAGUGUAGCAAGCAGUUCACUACCCUGGGUAGACUGAAGAUGCACAUGCAAACUCACACCGGGGAGAGACCAUUCCAGUGUGAGGAGUGCAGCAAGCAGUUCACUAGCUGUGGUGGUUUAAAGAGACACUUGCAAACUCACACAGGGGAGAAACCCUACAAGUGUGAAGAAUGUAGCAAGCAGUUCACUACCCUGGGUUAUCUGAAGAUUCACAUGCGAACUCACACCGGGGAGAAACCAUUCCAGUGUGAGGAGUGUAGCAAGCAGUUCACUAACUGUGGUAGUUUAAAGAGCCACUUGCGAAGUCACACAGGGGAGAAACCCUUUAAGUGUGAGGAGUGCAGCAAGCAGUUCAGUCACUACUGUAGUCUGAAAACUCACAUGCGGACCCACACUGGGGAGAAGCCCUACAAGUGUGAAGAGUGCACCAAGCAGUUCACGAACCAGGGUGAUCUGAAGAAACACAUGCGAACUCACACCGGAGAGAAGCCAUUCAAGUGUGAGGAAUGCAGCAAGCAGUUCACUAUUCUGAAUACUCUGAAGAUUCACAUGCGAACUCACACAGGGGAAAAACCCUACCAGUGUGUGGAGUGCAGCAAGCGAUUCAGUCAGCUGGGUAGUCUGAAGAAUCACAUGCAGACACACACUGGAAGAGUGUAACAAACCCUAAUAGGAGAUUGGCCAUCUUAAGUUAAAAGACAUCUGGAAACUUGCUUUUGUCUUCACAAAUGUCGGACUUAAGAAAAGAAAGAGAACUGCAAGAUACAUUUUUCCCUCCGUUUUUAUGUGACAAACACUGUCACAUAUCAGAAACAUGAAGGCACAGAGAAAGAAAAUCUGUUAAAUGUUGUUACCACUAAUAAGUUUUAAUAACCUAACAAUAUUUUUUAAUCAGUCAGCUGGACAUACAGACUCACUGAGUGAUAUAGCUUAUAGUAGUUUCUGUAGUUUUGUUGAAGUUCUGAUAUUUUUUUGCACAAAGAAACGUUUUCAUGUUGUUGCUGUUAAAUUAAAGUUUAGUUCUAGACUUCUAGUAAUAAUGUAGCUAUUAAGACCUUAGGACUGAGGUGAGGCUUUUUCUUAGCACGUUAAUUUUAUCUAACACAGCUUUCCAUAUUCUACUUUUUAUUAAGCUACAACAUGUUUGAUAGGUCUUUCUUAUUCUAUACAGUAUAGUGUGCUCUUACUCUUAGCUAUGAAUGCUAAUCUGCAUCCUUUCACUUAGGUUUAGAUUUUAAUGUUCCUUUUUUAUUAAUGAAUGUUUGAUUAGUUUAUUUCUUUGUUUCUAUUAAUUUUCAAGUUCUUAUCUAUGUAGUAUAUUUUGUUGUGUUUAGGUUCAUAGUUUGAGUUCAGAAUGGUAGUGAAUAGAUGAAGAGUUCUUUUCUACAUUGUUGUGUUAGAUUUAGGCCCAUAGUUGGGAUUAUGAAUGGUAGUCAAAAGAGAAACCAAUUGCAUAUGAUAAAGCCAGGUUAUUACUUUUGUCUGCCAUAACGAUAUAGCGCUAGCUGCCAUUUUACAGUUCAACAGUCAAUUCCGUAAAGUUUGAUGACAAUAUAUAAAGAUAGCAGAAAGUCAUUUGUAUGGGCAUUUCAGUUGUAUUCUGUAGAGUUAGAGAUGUUGAUGUCACAUAUAUAUGUUCAAAAUAAAGCUUUGUGUUUGAUGUG